AUGGGACCUCUAGAAUUCGAGGCUGAACGUUGGAGACGGAUCAGAGUUCACCAGGAGGUUGAUGAGUACGUACCAGAGCUCAGAGCAUUCCUGAAUGACGAUCUAGCCAGAUUCUCAUCUACACGUCUGAAGAAGAUCAGUAAAGUCGCAGACCUGUUCGUUCUGGAUGACCAAGGAAUAUUGUAUAGACUCCCGAAUUCUGUUCGCAGAAGGCCACGAGACGCCGUGGACAAUCUGAGACUGGUAGUUCCGAGUUCACUUCGAGAUGACAAGUUGCACCAUGCGCAUGAAGAUUUUCAAGGUGGACACCAAGGGAUCACCCGGACGCACGAGAGGCUACAUACCGUAUUCUACUGGCCCGAUAUGUACGCGGACGUCCAACACUUCGUUAAGGAAUGUGUAGACUGUGCCAGUGGAAAAGGAGGUCCCCCGAAUGCUGGACCCUCCCCAGCGGAUAUUGAACCACGGUGCCCGUUUGAGGCAAUAUCUAUGGAUUUCAUGACUCACAUGCCCGAGUCGGCCAGAGUGAAUACUUUCCUCUUGUUGUUUGAAGACAUGUUUUCAGCUCAGGAUGUCGCUGAGGCUUAUGAGGAGCAAGUGUUCCAGAGAUUCGGAGCGUCUUCCAUGAUACCGCAUGAUCAGUAUCUGCGGUUCAUGAGCGAAGUAUUCACAAGGUUUCGGGAACUUUUAGGUAGCCGGCAACGUACUACACUCGGAUACCGCCCACAAGCAAAUGGACAACAGGAGAGGUCUGUACAAACGAUCAUUUGGAGUGUUCCAGCAUACGUCACCGAGAUGGAUCAAUCCGACUGGGAUGAUCACGCCGAGCGGCUGAUGUUUGCCCUUAAU